UAGUAAACUUGUGGUAGUAGUGGACUAGUAGUAUACCACCUUACCACAAUAUAAAACUCUUUUGUCUUCCCUUUGGUUGUCGGCAUCUAUUUCCUUUCUUAGUCAAAUUUAUCAAUCUCCCACCAAAUACCCCUCUUCAGCCCGCCCACAAAAUUUGCCCAACCAACACCCAAAAUAUAUCCCCAUUCCCCUCAAACAACACUUAAUCUCAUACUCUAUUCACACAACAAAAAAGGAGACAUGGAGAUACUAGAACCAGCUGCACAUAUGACUCAACCAAACACCAUUAAUUCUACACCAUUUAUGAGCGCUACCUCUAGCCCUCAACGCACACAACCCAUCCUUAACUUCUUUUAUAGCGCACCCACUAGCCCACGCUCACCUAAAUUUCAUUCAUCUAAUUUGUUUGAUAAUAUUUAUACGGAUGAUUAUAUGGGUUCGUCUUAUGAUGGGUUCGAGGGUCGCCCAUUCGACUGGGAAGUCAAGCCUGGUGUGGCAAAAAAUGGUGAAGAAGAAAUAAAUAUGGUGGGAAAUCGAAUUGAAGAAGAAGAAAAGGAAGAAUUUGAAUUUGAAUUUAGUGGGCAAUUGGAUAUGAUGCAGAUUAGGCAGAGUUUAUCUUCAGCUGAUGAGCUUUUUGAUGGAGGGAAAAUUCGACCGUUGAAGUUAAAACCACCUCCUAGUUUAGAAAUAUUCAAAAAUUGUUCUGAAAAUACUUCUCCUAAAUCUCCUAGAUCACCUAAGUUUGGUAUGUGUAAGUUUAAGGAAGUUUUGUCUCCUAAGAGGAAAACGGGUCUGGUUUUUGGAGCGGGUCCAGACCCGUUUGAGGAAGCGAUCCGGAAUACUAGGAGAUCAUAUCAUGAUGAAAGGAAACAAAGAGGAAGAGGUAGAGAAAGGAUAAGUCGAUCACUUUCUCCUUUGAGAGUGUCUGAAUUUGCUCUUUUACAUCAUCAAGAACAACAAAAUUUUGAUGAACCUAGUAAUAAUAAUAAUAAUAAUUCUUCAAGUGGCUUAUUUGGAUGGAAUUCAAGCACAAAAAAAUGGAGGUUAAAAGAUUUGUUUCUGUUUAGGAGUGCUUCAGAAGGACAUUACAAAGAUUCUCAAUCUUUUUCCAAAAGAUGGAGUUUUAGAUCAGCAAAUAUGGUGUCUGGAUCUGGGUCUAGGUCGGGUUCGGUUUCAGGUUCGGAUUCAGGUUCGGUAUCGAAACGAAGAGGACAAAAAUCUAUUCAUGAAAUGCAUUAUAGUUCAAAUAGAGCAUUUACAGAGGAAAUGAAGAAGAAAACAAGUCUUCCUUAUAGGCAUGGUUUAAUGGCUUGUUUGGGUUUUAGUCCUGUUCUUCCACAAUUUUCCUAUGCUUUUCCUAAUACUCCUCCUUCAUGAAUUCUAUCCUUGAUGUUUUGUUUGGUAAUUGGUAUAGUAAUAGCAUAGUGCAAAACUACGGUUUUUGUCACAAUAGCGAUAAUUAACAAUCACAAAACGAAUGCCACAGUUAAUAACGAUCGCAAUACAGUGAUACAGCCUUAUUUUUGAAUUAUGCUUUUAGCGAUAUUCUGGUUACAUUGUUUUGUUUCUUAUGAUUUGGUUGCAUGAUCUUGUAAUUAGUACUCCCCAAAAUUGUUGUAUGUUUUGGUGUGAAAUUAGUUAUAGUUCAAACCUUAUCAUCACUCAAAGAGUUUGUUAAUUUAUUGCCAAAUGUAUGUAUUAGUAUUUUAUUAAAUUGUAAAGUACCACGUUUCCGUUACCAAUAAUGCAAUAAAAUUGUGAUUGAUACAUUUUUCAA